UACGGCGCCUUGUGCUAUUUUCGCGUUGGGCCCUUCUUCCUUCCGAUUUAAGCCCAAAGUUAGCCCAAAACAGCCCUUUUGGAGCCCCACUGGAAAUCGCAAGGAUGACUAUUUUGACGAGUUAAUGGUCGAUAUUUGAUCACAACUACUGUUUGUUCAACUCAUUCUUUCGGUGAAGUGGUGUGUGGCCUGCGACUGCGACGCGCCGUCCGCGGUCCGCGAGUUGGAUCGUCUCGGAGUAUGAACAUCUGCAAGGUGGAGGGCAGCGCGAACUUGGGAAGCAGAAUGGUGGGGCUGUCUGGCGGGGGCCACCUUUUCAGCCCCGUGCCCGUGCCGGCCUCGGAAGGAUCGGAAAUGCCCGUCUGUCCAUCAGAUUCUGUCUAUCCUGUCCGAGACAUGGCAGCGAUGAACACAGGCGCCCCUACGUCAGCGGACGCCUGUCUGAGCAUUGUUCACAGUCUCAUGUGCCAUCGUCAAGGAGGAGAGUCUGAAGGCUUUGCUAAACGAGCCAUUGAAUCUCUGGUUAAAAAACUCAAAGAAAAACGCGAUGAACUUGACAGCCUUAUUACGGCCAUCACAACAAAUGGAUCGCAUCCAAGUAAAUGCGUUACAAUACAAAGGACCCUUGAUGGUCGCUUGCAGGUGGCUGGAAGAAAAGGGUUUCCACACGUCAUUUAUGCAAGAAUUUGGCGGUGGCCUGAUCUUCAUAAGAAUGAACUGAAGCAUGUCAAGUAUUGCCAGUUCGCCUUUGAUCUGAAAUGCGAUUCAGUUUGUGUGAAUCCAUACCACUAUGAACGGGUUGUUUCUCCUGGCAUAGAUAUAGACAUGUUUUCAGACUUGUCGGGGUUGACUCUCCAAUCUGGACCUAGUCGUUCAGUGAAGGAUGAGUACUCUGCUGGUGUGAUCGGCCUUGGCGGAAUGGACAUGGAAGGUGAAAUGGGCAUGUCUCAGACCAUACAGCAUCAUCCUGGGCAGUAUGGAAUGCCUAGCAUGCCUCCUCCACAGUCUGGUGAGGGUGGUCAAGCUGGCCUUCUCUUCAGCCAGGGUCGCUUGCCUUCAAAGAUGGAGGCUCCAGACUAUUGCCCCCGAUCUUCCUGGCUACCUUCAAGAAUGGCCCAUCCUGGCUACCAGACUCAUCCGGAUCACAGUGUGGUCUCGCCGUCCGCGAGCGCUCUGGCUUCAAGCUCGGGACUGCGUCCGGCUCCCCCCGGCCCAUCCCCCUCCUCACUGGCGGGCAGCUCGGCCGUGCCUUCCGGCUCCAUGCUCUCUCCACCCCAGCCAGGCCUGCACAGCCAAGCCAUGCAGACUGGCUCCUCACAAUACUUUGCUCCUCCUGACCAGUCUCACCAAUCAGCAGCGUUGUCACCAGAUCCUAUUCAAGCUGGUUUAGCAUCGAAUAUUGGUAAUAGUCAGACCUCUAUCGCCCCAUCCGCUAUGUCCCCUCCUCGCAUGCAUCAAAAUGGCUACAAUCCUGUGGCUACCCAGAGUCAACAAGCACAGUCACCAAGCUCGUCAAGUCACGCUCAACAACAACAAUCUCCACCACCGCAAGUGCCUCAAAAUGCUUGUCCUGCCCCUGUGCCUGUUGUUUCUCAGUCUCCUAGUCAAACAACUCAACCUGGACAAACGCAAGUGGCCUGCCAACCCUUGCAAAGUCAGUCACAGUCAGUGCAGCCAGGGGUUCAGACUGCAGCUGCCCAAUCACAGACUGCGGUUGGUCAGCAGGCAGCAACUGUUACAACACAAGCCUAUGGUGGAGCGCAGGCAUCAUGGAGGGGCAACAGCACCCUCACAUACACACAAAGCAUGCAGCCUCCAGACCCCCGUCACCAUCACAGCAGUUUUUGGAACCAUGGCACCCAAUCUGUAUCAGAUUCUAUGGGCCUCCUGUCACCCCAGCCUCCUCCUGAAUAUUGGUGCUCUGUUGCAUACUUUGAGCUAGAUACACAAGUUGGUGAAACCUUUAAAGUACCUUCAACUUGUCCGAAUGUUACUGUUGAUGGUUAUGUUGAUCCCUCUGGUGGGAAUCGAUUCUGUUUGGGUGCUUUAAGCAAUGUGCAUCGAACAGAACAGAGUGAAAAAGCAAGACUACACAUAGGAAAAGGUGUGCAGUUGGACCUCCGCGGUGAAGGGGACGUUUGGCUCCGUUGUUUGAGUGAUCAUUCAGUGUUUGUUCAAAGCUAUUACUUGGAUAGGGAGGCAGGGCGAGCCCCUGGUGAUGCAGUUCAUAAAAUUUACCCUGCUGCAUACAUUAAGGUGUUUGAUUUGCGUCAGUGUCAUCGGCAGAUGCAGCAGCAGGCUGCCACAGCACAUGCUGCUGCGGCUGCUCAAGCUGCUGCAGUUGCGGGUCACAUUCCAGGUCCACACUCUGUUGGUGGCAUAGCACCAGCCAUUAGCAAAUGUUUGAGCGCUGCUGCUGGCAUUGGGGUAGAUGAUUUGCGAAGACUGUGUAUCCUUCGUUUGAGUUUUGUCAAAGGAUGGGGGCCAGAUUAUCCUCGAGGGUCAAUCAAAGAAACACCAUGUUGGAUAGAGGUUCAUUUGCACCGGGCUCUUCAGCUUCUGGAUGAGGUUCUGCAUACAAUGCCCAUUGAUGGGCCGCGCGCGGGUGAAUAAUAAUAAUAUUAUUAUUAUUAACCAUUUACAAGACUACAUAGGACUUUCUGACCAUGAAUACGCCAGCUUUAAUUUGGUUCAAGAGAAACCAACCAUUUUACUGUAUUUCUUCCUAUUCUUUACCGCACCCUAUCUGAGUUGUAUGGGUGGAAGACAUUUGAUCUGCCAUUAAGGCAGCAUUUCAUGAUUUUGAUUUGUUUUGCUUGAAAUAUUUUACCUUUCAUACCAACAUUAAUGCCUAAUAAUUCAAUUUUCAUAAAGUGGGUUAUAAAUGCUUUUAUUGUGAUGGCUUGUCACUCAAAGCCAGUUGGCAUGUGUCUUGCUCAAUAUGGUCUUGAAUAAUCUUAUUUAAAGAUACAAAAACUCUUUUAAUUGCAUGGUUUUCUCUUGCAUUCUGGUUGUUCCCUUUGCGAUGAUCUCUAUAGGACUUGUUCUCAAAUUGACACCUUUUUGCUCUUCCAAAUUUGAAAGCCAGCCAUAUGCUGUAACUUCUAGGAAAUGACUAGUUCCAGUGGUUUGUCAAGUUAUUUUGGCUAGUAUUAAGUACUCAUUUGUAUGUUCUGUGUCUAAAGUAAGAAUUUGUAGUGGGUAUUUGCAAGUGUAAAGUGCAUUUAUAUGUAACUAUCCACAAUUUUAUAAAAUUUCAUUGAGGGAAUCAUAUUGAACCUAAUCUAUACUUGUUUGAAUUUGUGUAUCAAUCAUAUAUUUACACUUCUUUAUAUAUUUUACUUGCGAAUGUGCUAGUAGAUGUUUUAUUAAUCAUUAUGGUAUCUAUUCUGUCCAAUUUAAACUCUUUAUUUUUCAAAGACUGUACUGAUGUCUUGAAUAACUAAAUUUAUGUGUAUCUAGUAGUACUGAGGACCUAUAUGCCCCUGACAGGAAAGCAAAUCCCUUGUAACUCUUUGAUAUGCAUUCACUAAGCAGGGUCUGCAUGGGCAUAUAGUUCUAUAAAUGCAUAAAGGGAUACUUCAAUUUGUGUAUUAUAUUUGAUAUUUAGCGGAAAAAAAUUCUUAAUAGAAUUGGUUGUACACAGUGACCCCUGACCUCUUGCUUGGACUGUUUUGUUUUGUUGCCAACAUUUGGUUGGCUGUGCCAGAUUGAGUCGUUCUUGUUAUUGAUUAAUUCUUAACAUCUUUGAUUUGGUUGCUGGUUUAAGUUCAUAUCAUUUGUGAGCUAAUCCAGCUGGAGUAACUAAGUUUAUGUGUAACUUCUUGUUUUGGUUGCUACAAUUGUUCUUAAUUUUAGCUUGGUGCCUAUGCAUAGCCUCAAUUAUUUCAUCAGUAACAUCGUAUUGGUUACGUAUCUGAAUGUAUCUGAACUCAAGUUGCUGCUCCUGUUUUCUGUGAAUUCUGAUUGCAAGUCCAUGGUUCGGGCCGCGCCCCGCUGCUCCGUGUCGCAACAAUGAGAUGUCAUGAUGUCCUUGACCAAAACACAGUCCCAAAUAGCAAAAGUAUCCGUUGGUGUAUUGUAAGACUGACUUGGCCAGUGUGGCGAGUGGAGGAAACAAUGUUAAAAGUCAUAUGUUCGUUAAGACCAAUAUCCCCCACCCCAAGUGUCAUGGCAAGUUUUGAUAUGUGUUUUAUUAAUUGGUAAAAUUUGUAUUAAGAAUCCUCAUGACAUGAACUUUUCCUCUAAAAUUUAAAAUUUGUGCCAAUGUAUUGAAAUGUUGAUCUCUUUGGAGAGGUCAUUCUGCAAGGUUAUUAAUUGCACACAUCCAACGUCAUCAUGUUAGUAAGGCAGACAACCGAUUUGGACUGAGUUGAACAGGGUUACGAACAGUUGUCGGGACAGUUAAAACUUGUAUGUUCUAGCUUUUUUCAAACAUUUUUACUUUAAAUUUGAAGACCAAAGAACUGAAGUUUUCCGUAAUAUUUUCAUGCUGUGCCCAUGUUUCAAAAGUGUAACAGUGUAAUCUGGAUGCUUCUCUGCAUGUUUGCCAAAUGUAAUGCCUAGCAUGCAUGACUGAUAAAUUUAUUAAAGUGUGUCCUUCUACUGUCCCUGCAGCAGCUCUUUUGUCUGAAUGCUACUUUUUUUAAAUGUGUGAUAAGAUGCGGAAGCAUGAGCUUCAGUAUUGUCUGUCUUAAGUAUAUGCGAACUUGUUGGUGCUGUUACUUAAUCUGUGUGUAAGUAGUUUCUUAAUAUUGGGCUGGUGUGUGCGUUUUGAUGUUACAGAACGUAGGUUAUUACAUUUAUGUAACAAGGACUGUAUUUGUUUGUGUAAGUGGUGUGGCAAGACAGGUGGGCACCAUUCUCAUUACUUUGAGAUUAGUAGUUACUUUGACAAAGUCCACAUCACAAAUGCGUUUUACUUUUCUUCAUGUGCUUUCAUUGGGCUGUGUGUGCAAGAUUGCGUGUUGCUCAUUCUGUAGUGUUACAUGUGCAAGUUAUUAUAAGUGUAAUGUGGUCCCUACAUUAAUUUAUUUACGUAGAUUGCAUGGCGUUGUAUUGGUGAAUUGCUUGAGAACUUCAUAUAUUGUGUGUGCAAUGAAGGCUUUUGGCUUGCAUCAGCAUCCUCCUUUUUUCCCCUUUAACUUACCUAUGCUACUAAACCAACUAUCUAUUUGUGUGAAGUAUGUCUCUGUAUGGAGAACAUCUGCAACAUUAUUGUACGCGUACAUCAUUGUCUAGCAUAGGUGACUGGAUGAUGUUUUUUAAGAUACCUCUUUUCAUUGCUGAUUUGUGAGUGCCUAUCACUCAUUCACUUUAUAUAUGUGGGUUCAUUUGUCUGUUUGAGAUUUGUUGAAUAUUUUUUACGUGUUUCUUGAACUUAUCUAGAAAAUUUAAAUUCUGACUUUAGCGUUAUGUUGAUUGACAUUUGGUAAAUUUACUCGUCAGACCAGUUAAGUUACUUAUGUGUUUUUUCUAAAAAACAAAAACUUUCUAUAAAAAGAAAACUUAUUCAAUAUUUAUAAAUGUGAAUUUUUAUAAUCAUUGUUUUUCAAAAUCUUUGAAUGUCGUGUAUGCAAUUUAACUGAUUGUUAUACAAUAAUUUUUACAACAGAAUUUUAUUUUUUUGAGUUAAAUGAUUAGGACAUAUAUUUUCUUGUACUUUACUAGAAACUCACUCGUUUCCUUGUGCUUGGUUGUGGGCAUCUGGCUUGUUAAUCGCUGGUGUCCCGACCAAACUAAUGGACAGGCAGUACCAAAAAAUCAGUUUCAGUAUUAUUCUGAGUUUUGCUGCUCCUGUUGCCCUGUUUCCUGUUUUUCUAAAACAGUUUCUACCUCCUAUUAUUUUGUUCUGUUUUUUAAAGUUCAAUGCAGUUGUGGAGUUAAGUGUGUGUGCUACAGAUAUGUAUGCUACUUGACCCUUUUUAGAGAGUUAUUAUUUGAGAUGUCUUUUGUUUGAGGUUGAUGUAAUCCCCUAUUUUUAUUCAUGUUGAUCUCUGUUUAUAAUUUUUUUUCUUUGUAUCUGUGGAAGUUUUGUUAAAUUUUAGUUGAGUUGUCUAUUAGUUUGUUCAUGUCUAUGCAUGUGACUGUAAAUACAUUAAUAUAGGAGUAUUUGAUAUUGUAAGUUAACUUGAAAUAUUCAGUGCAUGUAAACAUAGAACCCUUUCAUUUGUUUUAUGAAGCCACUCUUUGGUUUUAGUUUAUUUAUGUUUGUGGACAUGGUUACCAAGUUGAUAUGGCAGCAGCCCUCUGAGUUAUCCUAGCCUUCUUUUUGACUGACUGGACUUCUGAGUGUUUUGCUGCUUUGCCUCAUGGCAGCUUAGAUGAGAUAAUUUUCCAUGUUUCUUAAAAUAUUUUUUUAAUUUCUGCUCUUGUAUCGCAUGCAUUCAACUCAAAACAUUGUGAUAAUUUCCUAACUUGUUGUAUAUAAUUUUCUGGGUUGUUAAAUCUGAUUGGUUUGAGAACAAUUUGUCAUUUACUAUUUAGUCAAAUCUGUACCUACUUGUUUUAAAAGAAAAUAAUUUUUGUUUUGUUUUGCUACCGCGCGGGCGAGGAGCUGAGGAUAAUUCAUCGGCACAAUAAAACCAUUUGGGACACUUGUCCAAGAAUA